CAUCUUAGUUGCAGAAUGCUCAAAAAUAUCUGGGUAGAAGCUAUGUUUGCUACCACUGGGGGUGUUGAUCUCACUGAAAUCCGAUAUUCCAAUUACCAUGUGGAACUAUCUUUUUACGAAACUUCUGCUUUUAUAGUACCUGUGAAUAGUACGCCAUACUAUGUAAAAUUAAACCAGGAUCUAUAUCUUCAAGCAGAAAUUCUUCACACUGAUUCCGGCCUGACUUUGUUUGUGGAUACAUGUAUAGCAUCCCCAAAUGCAGAUGAUUUUAUAACCCUUACUUACGAUUUAAUCAGGAAUGGGUGUCCAAAGGAUGACACCUAUAUUACCUAUAACUCACCUUUCCCACAAAAGGCUCGUUUUGGAUUCAAAUCCUUUACCUUCUUAGAGAAACAUGCUUUUGUUUAUUUACAAUGUAAAAUGGUUGUGUGUAAGGCCUUUGACUUUUCUUCAAGAUGUUACAAACAGUGUAUGGAGAGAACUAAAAGAGAUACAAGUACCUAUGAGGAAAAAUUGGAUAUUGUUUUGGGACCAAUUGAACUUCUGAAAGAAGAAGGAAAAGAGGACAGAAAUCUGGCUGUUGUGGAUGUUCAAGGCCCAUAUGAAUACAAUAAGGUAUAUCAACCCAUUGCUGCUUCUAUCGGAGUAUUCAUUGUUGUGGUGGUGGUUUUUGGAGCCUUUCAAUUGAAGAAGAGGAACAAGGGUACAAUAGAGGGGGCUUCUUGCCUAUAGUGUGAAGAACAGAAGAAAUCAUUUCUCCUCUCCCCCUUUACGUCUGAAUUUCCAUCUGUUCUUGUCAGUACAAUAAAACAUUUAAUGGGAGCA